AAAAAUAAUCGAACAAAUUGUCGGCCGCCUCAGCUGAUUCCUGCUUCUCGCGAGACGCGGCGGACGAUGGAGGCGAUGAGGCACUCCUCCACUUUCCUUCGCCCUCCGGCGGACGCAGCCGCCUCCUCUUUCUACGCUCUCGUCGUUCUAAACCAGCGCCUACCCCGGUUCGCGCCUGUGCUUUGGAGCCACGCAAGGCUCCGCGUUUUCGCCGAUGGAGGGGCGAAUCGGGUGUACGACGGCAUGCCCGAGUUGUUCCCUGAGGUAGACCCGAUGGAAAUUCGCCACAGGUACAAACCAGACAUAAUUAGGGGUGACAUGGACUCAAUAAGGCCAGAAGUGAAGGAAUUCUAUAUUAACUUGGGUGUCCCAAUAGAUGAUUUAUCAAACGACCAGGACACCACAGAUCUACACAAAUGUGUUGCUCAUAUCUGUGAAUCUAUGGAUGAACUAGAUAAGUCAAAUCUUUGCAUUUUAGUUGCUGGAGCUCUCGGUGGAAGAUUCGACCAUGAAGCUGGAAACAUCAAUGUCUUAUACAAGUUUUCAAACAUCCGAAUCGUUCUUCUAUCGAAUGAUUGUUUGAUCCAACUUUUACCAAAAACACAUUGCCAUGAGAUCCACAUCCAGUCAUUGGCCGAAGGCCCUCAUUGCGGAUUGGUUCCAAUUGGUGCGCCAUCAACCAGCACUACUACCACCGGCCUGCAGUGGGACCUGACCGACACAGGAAUGAGCUUUGGUUCUUUGAUAAGCACUUCAAACAUCGUGCUCGCGGAGAAGAUUACAGUCAAGUCUGAUACAGAUCUUCUUUGGACUAUAUCUAUUAAAAAGGGCAUUUGAGAGACAUCUUAUGAAUGCUGUUUUUUCUGACGGUCUUCUUGGAAUGAGUCUAACUGAGACCAUGCCAUGUUUGCAUCCAGUUAUACCAUUCAAGUCCCCCAAAAUAAAACCACUGUAAUUUUGUUUUCUAUUGUAAUGAAACAAAAGAGGAGCUAUUUUUUUUUUUA